AUGCGACCAUAUUGCGGCUUAAGGUGCACUCCUAAGAAGACGGCCAUAUUUGCUUCGUCAAUGCACUUUCUAAUCCGGCAUAACGUUACGCUUCUUUAUUUCCUCAAAGCCUCCGGGGUUGUGUAUUAGAAUUUCAAGGAAUACAGUAGGAAAUUUAUUUUCAUGAAUUUUCCGAGUGUUUCUUCAUCGUUGUCGAAAGACCAUUUUGCAUACUGUAGUUAUGUGCUUCCACUGUCGAGACACGAUCGUUUUAUGGUGAUAAUAUGUCAAAGCCAAACAUAAGGAAAAUAACAGUUGACCCUACGAAAUGUAACGCAGACUCUCGACGACCUAGUGUAUUUGAGAGAUUAGGAACUAAACCGGCUGUUACUCCUGUUCAGAAUACUUCGGAUUAUUGUAGGAAUUGGGCUUUGAAUGGAAGCUGUUCGUAUGGAAAGAACUGCAAAUAUGCCAAUACUCAUACAUUAAUAAGUCCAUCAAAACGAGCCAAAAAGGAUAAUGCAACGGUUACCACAACUGCGAUUACCGAGGAUCCGUUCAAGAGACUCACAUCUAAAAUCGUGAAGAAGACAUCGCACAGUCCUGAUCUUGAUUUAGAGGAGUGGAAUCAAACGGAUCUUGAAUACGAGGACGAGAAGGUCCUGGAAAGACGACGACAGUUGUUACAACGUGAGCUAGAAUUACAAAUGAAGAAAGACAAGGAGGUUCAUGGGUCUAAGGAUAAGACUAAACAUAAAAAGAAGGCCAUGAGUUCCUCAUCUAGUUCUAGAAGUUCAAGUACAUCUACAAGUAGCACUACUUCAACCUCUGACGAUUCUUCGUCCAGCUCUACCUCUGACUCUCGUAAGAAGGUAAAGAAGGUUAAACCAAAACGGCAUCACAGCCCAUCAUCGGACUACGACGAGGAUAAGGAACAUAGGAAAAAGACAAAAGUCAAGAAGCUAGGUACUAAGAGUGACAAGCUUUUAGCUAAGAAAAAGCGUAAAGUUGACGUAGUAACAAAAAAAGAUACUGUAAUAAAAACGGCGAAGAAAGCGACCUCGUCGUCCGUAAGGAAACACACUGUCGUUACAAGAACAAAAUCUCCAGUACCCGUAGUGUCUCGUGCAUCUUCCUCUGGGAAAGUUCGCGAAAGAAACCGAAGCGAAUCCCCAAAGCCAAAAGUUCGUGAGCCAGAGAAAGACAAACACUACAAGAAGAUCCGCGAAGAAGAGGUCGCUUCUGACAGGAAGGAAGUCCCAAAAAGCAAAACUUCAGAAAAGGCUAAGGAUCCUGACAAAGUCAAGACUCGCGUGGAAGAGAAGACUAGGGUUGAGGAAAGGUCCAAGAGACGUUCCAAGGAGAGGAGGUCUAGGACACCACCAGUGGACAGAUCAAAACAUCAACACAUCAAGGAAGUUGUAAAGUCCCGUCGAAGUCGCACUCCGGAGAAACCAUCAAGAUCAAAACGCGAUCCUACACCUCCACGUCACCAAGAGAAACCAUCUUCCUCGAGAUCACGAGAAACCGAGAAGAAGGAACGAGAUCCUUACAAAUGUGAGCGGAGUAAGGAUCGCGAAGAGACCAGAAAGGAUCCAGGUAAAUCCAGACCAGCGAACCAAGAUGAAACCCACAGGAAAAAUCCUAGGGAAUUAGAAGACAAAAUUUAUCCUGCAGAAAGAAGUAGACAACGGAGCAAAGAACGUCGUGAUAAUAAGGAUCACAGUGUUCGCGAUGAAAGGAGUCAUUCGAGACUCGGUAGAGAUCGUGAGUCUCAGCGUGACAAGGAACGCGAAGAUGUUCAGGAACGUUGCCGGGAACGACAAAGGGAACGUGAUCGAGAGAAGGAUGCAACAAAGAUUAGAGAACGAGAAAUUCCACCACUGAUGGCUACAGCUGCCAUUAAUCCUAUGGAGAAGAAUUCUAGGUACAGGGAUAAAGAUCGUUUUAAGGAUCUAGAAAAACCCGGACGAGAUCGCCGAACCGAAAGGGAACGUGAACGUCCGGAGACUAAAAUCAUGGAAAGAGAGCCUAGGGUUCCUCAAAGAGGAUUUGAAGGUCGGUACGAUAGAUCUGCAGACAAGGAUAUACCCUCGCACAAACCGAUCGACAGGGAACGGACUGAGAGAUUCCCAAGGGAACGAUCUCUGGACAGAAACAUCGUCGAGAAAAACGUUCCACAACCUCCACCGCCGCAGAGAGAUCAUCUCUUAGAGAGAGAUGCUAUGUAUGACAGAGAUAGACACAGGAGAUUCAACGCCAGAUUCGACAGAGGACAUCCUCCGGAUCAUGAACGUAAGGAACAAGGACACGUUCCUACCUUGAAGCUAGAUCGUUUACAGGAUCGUCGUGACAGUCCUAGGAGGAGUUUGGAAAUAGAGAGAACAUUUGACAGAGGUUAUCCUAGACUCGAGCACUGGGACGAUCAAGAGGAUUCUGGAGCUCGACUAGAAUAUCGAGAUCAUCACGAGGAAGAUAGAAGGAAACCGGUGGAACCAAGACGGUACGAUAGUCCCUUCGAUGAACGUCGUGGUCGGGACGACCGCCCCCAGAGGUACCCAGUGCAAAAUGACAGACCUUUUGAAGAGAUUCAUCAUCCUCUUUACCCCGAGAAACUGCGCCCUGGUACCAUUCGCGACGAGAGUAGUAAUGAUAAUUGGGAAAUGCAUCGCGACAUUGAGCAUCCUCCUAGAGAACGAGGUUACCCUGACUGGGAGGAACGGGAAUGGCGUGCUAGACAUUCCAUAUGGGACAGGGAGAGUCUUCCUAGGUCAGAAGCUCAUGAUGAGGAAUGGUCGGCACGAUUUGACAGUCCAAUGCCUGAUUGGAAACUUAACGAACCCAGGAAGUGGGAGAAUCAACCUGUGCAUCUUCGUGGACUCUAUAGGAAUGAUAGGAUCAAAGAACUCGACUUGGGUGAACCUUCCCAUGGAAAGAGACGUCCUUACAAUACUCCAGAAUUAAGAGAUGAGUGUUCUGCACAUGGUUCUAAACAGGGAUCACUUCAUGGAAGCAUGAAAGAGGAACCAAUAAAUAAGAAACUUAUGGAACUUGCUGAAGGGAGGUUGCGAAGAAGCAGAGAAAAAUCUGCUGACAGUUUUCAGAAGAGAGCGACCCAGAAUGAAAAGUCAGAACCAAAGGAACCUGCUGUACAACCUGAACCUAAACGUCCUUGCGUAGAAGAAUCCUUGCAGACUUUACACACAGAAAGUGACCUGAGUGAUAUAAGUGAUGAUCCUGAUGACAUUCUCGACAUGGAAGAUGAGGAAGUCGAUUCUGGUAAAGCACAGUCUCCUAAGAAAACUACAGAAGCAGCCGUGGAAUCUCAACCCACACAAAAUCCAGAAGCCGCACAAUCGUCUCCGAAGGAACCCAUCGAGGAGACUGUAGUACCCAAAGAAAAGGAAGUAGUCCCGACGGAACCGAUGGACUUCAGGACUGUAGAGGAUGACAAUAUGGAGACAAUGGAUUUCGAAGAAAUAUCCGAUGGAGAACUCGAGGAAGACAUUAAAACGAGUGGCAAGGGUCUGGGCGAUGCACUAGGAGUUGAUUGGGAAAGUCUUGUAAAGGAAUCUCAACCGCGAGCCAGGGUGGCAUGUUCAAGCCAGGAAACUGCUCAGGGUCGUUGGCAAUGCAAAGCCAUUUUUCAACGGAUUGGUUUUUCGGCAAAAUAUGCCGGUCCCGAACUCACGGAGAUUCUGUCCAAGAAGUAUGGGGAUCAUCCUGACAAGUUCCUCAUGGAUGACGUUCCCCUACUUCAUUCUGCACGGGUACGGAAGCGUUUACUCCAGGAGUCGUCGAACAAUUUAUUAAAUGAUGAUUUAUUAUACAGAUAUAACGAAGAAGAGGGCGAUGAAGAGGAGGACGAGGAAAUCCUAAAGCCUUGCUCGUCUAUGUACGAUGAGGUUAAAGUGUUAUUGCAGCAAUCUGCGUAAUGUACAGUAAUAGAUUCAUUAAUAUUACGCUAUAUAUAUGUAAGAAUAUUGACAAGAACUUUAAUGUAGCUUUUGUUUCGUUCAAGAAUAUUUGUACUAUACUUAAAUUGCAUUAAGUAGCAGUACUUCGGCUAGUUUACGUAUAUACAUAUAUAGAUAUAUAUAUAUAUAUAUAUUUGCACAUACUAAAAUGCAAUUUCUACUGGUAGGGAUAAAGUUUUUAUAAUCACCCAUUUCAAAACGAUGAUAAGCUUUGACAAUUUGCCUCAUAAUCGUUCGGGACUGUAAGAUCAUUCUGCAGAAUUUCUAUAGAUUUCCUCAGGAUGCUUUUAUACUUUUCCGGGAUCCUGCUAGCCAUUGAUCUCUUAUGUAUUUCUAAGUUAGUACAAUACAGUUCGUAGAGUAUGA